UUGACAAUCAACAUGGAGAAAUUUUUGGAUUUUGAUGUUCGUUUAUAAACACGGGUCUGAAUUGUGUUCUGUUUGUUAAAAUAUCAAAUUAUGGAAUUAGAAUUUAUUUUCUGUGGAUUCAGACUUAUUUUAUGAUAAACAUUCUUGUUAAGGACAAUGGCUUAGGUAUUAUAACCUCAAACAUGAUUCUUUGACGAAGACAGGUCCAACUCUAUUGCCUGAAAUGAUUUCCGAAGUGCCAAUAAUAUGGCUGCUGUCGUUGUGCAGUAUGGGCUCAAUCGUAGCAAUUGUAUUUGGCUGUGUGUGUGGCUGCCGAAAGAAAGUUCCCAAGAAUGAAUUGAUGGGUCUGGCUGGUAUGGUGAAACUGACCAAUCCUGAAGCAACAAUCAGUUACAAUUCGACGAUUGUCGACUCAGUUCAAGUCGACCCGAACUCUGCCACUGCGGCGGACGGUGGUGCACAUUUUCACCAUCACACUGACAUGAAUAAAAGACCAACGACUGCCACAGCUACUGCCACCCGUAGUCUUCCUGAUCUUCCGGUGGAGCCUGGAAUGUCUGCUUGGGACCACAACGACACCAGCUCGGAUCUUUAUGCCACAGUAGAUGAGAAUAAGGAUAAACGACGAUGCGUGAUGCAGGGUCAGAGUGGAGAUGACGGAUACAAUUCGCCCACACAGACUGAUGACAGCCUCUCUCCUUAUGCCAGGGUCAAGGGAGAACAUCCCUACGAUCAACUCAAGCAAAGUGAACAUCCUUACGCACAAGUUCAUGCCAAUGGAGUAGCAGGUGGAUCCAUUGCAAAGCACAACAACUCUGCUAUACCAUCAGCAUCAUCACAACCGCCGGAGCACAGUGUUAGCAGUCCAACAGCACCGCCGCGCAUGCGCAAAUCACUUGCGCUGUCAGACAGCAGUUCUCGUGACUCUCUGCCGCCUCCGCACGAUUCGAUUCCAGCCGCCUCCGCCAUAGCGGGCAGCAUCGCCGCCAGCCAGGAACUGCCCUAUAUGACGCCGCCCCUCGUCCUCUCUGCCGCCUCCACAGCAGCCCCCUCCGCUUCUAACCAGCAGCACUUCAGCGGCGAUUCGCAGGAUUCCAGCAAAGGCUACACAAGCAUCAGUGUUCGAGAGCCUUUGUCCACGAUUCUUGGUGAGAGGAGUCGAUCUCAGCGACAGGAUUUGAUCGAUUCACACUACAUGACUGUGUCUGAUGACUCAGACGAAAUGUACGCGGCAAUCGAAGAGCCAGGCCAGGCCGUGUACACGAGUGGGAGUGAGACGUACGCGCGCAUCCGUCCCAACCCUCUCCCUCAGACGAGGCCUCCUCCCGCUCCCGUUCCCCCAGAAGACAGAGACAGAGACAGAGAGCUGGAGAGGCCUCCCUCGCAGCAGGCCAGGCGGAUGUCGCAUUCCCGGCAAGCAUCAUCAUCUUCAGCAGCCAGUUCGGGGGGCAUGAGCCCCAACUCGCCCAAGCCCGAAAAGCGGCAAGCCAACUCCCCCCUUCCGCGGCCACCCCCUGAACCUCUCCUCGGUCCCCCCGCCCCCCCUGCUGCCGUGGACGACAUGUACGCCAAGGUGAUGAAGAAGCGGCGCUCGAGUCAGUCAGUGGCCAGCCUUGAAGAGGCGGCCUUGUCUUCCGGUGACAUGCUGGCCAAUGCGGCUCGGACAUCGUCGGGCUACGAGCGCCUCUCCCACGACAUCCUCGCCAAUGCUCCAUCCUCGGGCUACGAGCGAUUGGCCUCCCCGCCGACCAGUUCGGCUGCCGAGCCCAACUACGAGGAACUCAAGCCACAUGAUCCGCUGCCCUCCGCCAUUGAGUCGAACUACGCGAAAGUUAACAAGACGCGCACUAAGAAUAACAACAACAACAACCUGAAACCGACGGUGGAGCCGGCAUAUGCGAGUUUGUCGUCGGCGGAAGUUGACGGCGGCAACCAAGACCCCGACUACGAGAGUGUCAGCGCCACCUCGCAGCAUGACCCGAACUACGAGAGCCUCGAGAAGACUGACAGUGAAAACGAUCCGCCCUAUGAGAAGCUGCACUCCACUUCCUCGGCCUCGAUUGAUGAUGACUACGAAACUGUGUUUAGGGUGGAGGGCCGUGAACGUCACACGUAGCCAAGUUGUAAAAUAAAUGACUAUAAUAUAAUUUGAGGUGAGACCAACAAAAGCUGAAGUGACGAUGCCUCGCGGUCUUCACCGCAGCGGGGUUUCAGUCGACAGGGCAGGAAGCUCUCCGAUUGGCUGAUUGGGUUGGCGCAUCUUCCUGGCCUGUCGUACCGACUGAAAAACGCUUCGUGUGGCUUGGCCCUAAGGUGGCUAAUGUGGCAUCCACAUGAUGAAUGACCGCCGGCUAAUUUGUGUGAUUUUGUCAUCAGUACAACCCACUAAAUCGAUUGUAACCGAAAAUAUGUGGUAGGGUGGCCAUUUAUCCACACUUACACCAUUUUUAUAUUCACAAUAGGACGACUAUCAAGUAUUGCCAACAUGGACCCGGUUGCACAAAAGCCUGUUAGAUUUUAAUCAUGAUUAACAAUGCCACGAUACAGAGAAGACUUUUUGGAAAGAAGGUUUCUGUGAUUGGGUCUCUUUGCAUUUAUUGACGGUUAAAAAUUGAAAGGUUUUUGUGCAACCGAGCAACUAGGAAAUUACCUCUCAAACUUUGCUAACCAACGCUCAAACGAAACAAGAUUUUAAAUUGCAUUCAUAUUACCACACUACUUUAACAGAUGUUUUAUUUCGAACAGUGAGUUAACUUACCAUCUUUAGCCAACGGCCAUACAUUUGUGGAUUUAAAUUAAUGAGCCAAAGUAUGGCCUCGUCUUUUUCGUUAUGCAACUUUUGUAUUAUAGUCAGUCAUAUGGGCUGGCAUGAAAAUGUUGCACAAUUGGCAACACUGAUAUGUUGUCGAAGUCUCAACUUGUAUGUAUAUUUUUCUAUUGCCUACCUCUAUUUAUUAUGUUCUGUUGAAUGAGAAAAAUGAUUGUUAAACUAUUGUCACAUAUUACUAUUAUUGUUAUGUAGUUGUAAACCUUUAUGCAUAAUUCAAUAAUUAUGAUAGAUUAAUAUUUAUUUGAUAAUUUUAUACGUAGUUCAAGAAAGUUAGAUUUCUCCCCGUAAUUAGUUAUUUAUGAUUAAUAGUUUUUCUUCAUCACAAAUUUUGUGAACAAGUUGUUAAUUUUGUUAUUAGUUUUUAAAAGAUUAUAUUAUUAUGUAGUAUCCUAUUGUGUAAAGUUCUCUAUUCAAAUCAAAAUAAAGUAUUUUAUAAAAUGAAACAAUCUAAGAUAAUGAAAAAAACUUGAGUUAACAAUUAUAUGUUAAAAAUAUGACACUUCUUGAUAAUGGAUAUCAAAUCAUAUUCUUUUAAAUUAAUAAUUUUAGUGCCAGUCGCGCACUUUGAUAUCUUUUCCUGGGUUAUUUUAGUUAUUGUAAAUUGAGAAUUUCUUCUUUCAAAUUCAGCUUUUCCUAAUUCAAGGAUUUGCUAAAUUCGUAUUAGUUAAAAGGAAACCUGCCAACUUAUUUUAUUACAAUAUUUGCAGAUAUGAAAAAUGAAUGAAGUUACUUUUGUAUAUAGAAUACUCCUAUUUAUUUUUAGGGCUACUGAAAUUAUAGAAAUACAAUAAAAGUUAUCAAGUACCCUUGUAUUGUAUCACAACACAAAAGGUGAAAGAUAAAAAGGUACUUGAACCUUUGAAACGGUAACCUUCAAACUUGAAACCUUGAAAAGGUAACUUAUAUUGUGUUUUGUAUAUAGAAGUAGCCUACACUUUUCAAGGGUGAUAAUACUCUUUCAGGAACAGAGAAACCCCCGAUUUUCAAAACUUAAUCAAAUUGAAAAAAAAAAUUGUGGCACAUUUUCAAGUUUUUAUAAAUGCUAUCACCACGGAGUAAAUAACUAAGCCUAAUGUGUUCCUUCAGUGCUAUCACAAUGUAUUGCCUCGCAGUCUGAUACAACAUGUUGCAAGGUUUAAAAAAUAAUUCCAAUGUGUUAAACAAAUUGCAAGGAUUCCAGAAGCGUUAAUGCUCUAACUUUUUAUUUUAUGAACCUUAGCUCAAACUGCUACAAUAACUGAUCAAUUGACUCGCCUAUAAUUCACUCACAAUA